AUUAUGGCUGUGGCGAUGGAGGCGAUCCAGGAGCUCGAGGGCCACACCGAUCGUGUUUGGAGCGUUGCCUGGAAUCCAGUGGCCAGCUCCUCGAAUCGGAGCGUGCUGGCGUCGUGUGGCGGAGACAAGACAGUGAGGAUUUGGGAAGGCGAUUGCUCGGAUUCUUCUUCUUCUUCUUCCUCGUGGAAUUGCAAGGCCGUGAUCGAUUCUUUCAAACGCACUGUGAGGUCGUGUCACUGGUCGCCCGAUGGGAAAUUGCUUGCGACCGCGUGCUUUGAUGGAAUUGGAGCUGUGUGGGAAGACGUAGGAGGUGAUUACGAGUGCGUUGCUACACUAGAGGGACAUGAAAAUGAGAUGAAAUCAAUCGCGUGGAGUGCUUCUGGCACUCUUCUCGCGACUUGUGGUCGAGACAAGAGUGUGUGGAUCUGGGAAAUGGAAGCCGAGAACGAUUUCCAAACAGUCUCUGUAUUGAAUGGCCAUUCCCAAGACGUGAAAACGGUCUUGUUUCAUCCUACUGAGGACAUUCUUGUGUCGAGCAGCUAUGACAAUUCUAUCAAGGUGUGGGCUCCCGAUCCAAAUGGAGACGAUUGGUCGUGCGUUCAGACGCUUGCUGAGCCCAACCAGGGUCAUAGCUCAACUGUAUGGAGCGUAGCAUUCGACGCCGAUGGGAAACGAAUGGUCUCAUGUAGUGAUGAUCUAUUGCUGGUUGUGUGGGAUACGAGCACGAAUCCCCUGGAAUCGAGCUGGAAGCACCUCUGUACUUUGUCUGGCUAUCACGAAAGAACCAUCUAUUCUGUGCAUUGGUCGAGGCGGUCGGGCCUGAUUGCUUCAGCGGCAGGCGACGAUGCAAUCCGCGUGUUCGCUGAAGCCAAUGAUCCGUCCUAUACAUCGCGAGCAGUGUUUUCAAUGGUUGGAAAGCAACAAAAGGCUCACAGCACAGACGUGAAUUGCGUGAGAUGGCAUCCGAAGUGUUUCAGGACGAUGACAUUCUUGCUUCGGCUGGAGACGACGGCUUAGUAAAGUUGUGGAGGAUUUUAUCAUGAGGACGAAGUGAAGGAAGACUAUCAACGCAUGAAGCCGUGCACUGUCGCAUCGAGAUUUGGAUCAUUCAAGUAGUGCUUGCAGUGCACAUCACUCAAUUCUCAUUGCCGUGCGCACCCAGCCCACUGCUCCAAAUUGGUGGGAUUUUCGGAUUUUCAUUCAGUUCCGCUCUUAAGAUAACUGUCGGUCUUCUUGCCAGAAAAAGAGAAAAAAUGUCUCAAAUAUACCCUGUUCUUCGAGGGUU